UAUUUUACUAAAUUUCUUGGCCGCCAGCAGCCAGCAGUCGUGAUCAAUUUCUAUAACAUUUUUAAUUUAAUUUUCCUACAAAACUAACGUUUUUAAGGUGCUUCAUUUGCGUGUGAUACUUUAAGUUUUACUGUAAUGAUUGUUUUUCUCGACAAUACUUUGCCGUAAACGAUAUACGCCAUAAUUCUUCAAAGAUAGAUAUUCAUCAUAAUUAAUGUGCAUAUAAAACAAUUUUCACCGUGUGCUCUUGUAUUUUAUUUCGUCAUAUCUAUUUUCGUCAAGAGUCAACGUGCGAGCACCACUCGAUUUAUAGAUAACACGAUUAAUCAUAGGAGUUACUGGUAGUAAUAAACAAAAACAAAAAUAACAAAACCUCUACGAUAAUGGCACAAUCUAUAGCUGGCACAGCCUCCGCUGCAAAUACUAGCGCUGGUGCUGGUUUAAGCUUGGCAGGUAGCUUGGGUGUUGGUGUGGAUUUAGAUUUAGUGGACAUGAAGCACUGCUUCGAAAAUCUCAUAGUGAUUGAUGCAGGCGCGAAUUUAACAAAYAAAAAAUAUAGCCGUGAUCUGGAAUCAGUUAUACAGCGAGCAAAAGAUGCAGGUGUUCAAAAAAUUAUGGUUCCAGGUACAUCGGUAAAAUCUAGCAAAGAAGCGCUGCGUCUAUCACGGAUUUAUCCCGAUAUAAUCUAUUCGACUGCUGGCAUACAUCCCCACGACUCCAAGUCAAUUAUCGAAGAACCAAAUACGUGGUUCGAGUUCGAACAUAUUGCUGCUUCGCAGGAAUGCGUUGCCAUUGGACCUUGCGGCUUAGACUAUCAGCGUGAUUUCUCAGAGCCUGAGGCACAAAAAGAGAUAUUUGAAAAGCAGAUCCAUUUGGCUUGCCAAUUGAACAAAUCAUUGCUGAUACAUGAGCGCUCUGCGCAACAGGAUGUACUCGAUAUACUGGAAAAAUUUGAGAAUUUACCGCCUGUGAUCAUAAGAGGAUUCAUGGGCACAGCAGACGAAGCAGUCGAAUAUCUGAAUAGGAGAUUCUAUAUUAGUUUAACUGGUUAUUUAUGCAAGGACAAAUCAGAUAGUGGAGUGCGCAAACUCUUAGAAAAUGGAACUUUGCCUAUAGACAGACUGCUUGUCGAAACGGACUCGCCUUUCAUGUAUCCAAAUACAAGAGCUUCCAAGCUGCCGCAACAUGUUAAGACUGGUAUAACAGAACGCUCGUUAUUAUAUUUACAUAGGUACUGUACUUUUCAACGCAAUGAACCUUGUAGUUUGCCCGCCAUAGUUGAGAUGAUAGCUGCAUUCAUGAAGAAAACGCCAGAUGAAGUAGCUUUAGCAACUGCAUUUAAUGCAUUGAAGCUUUUUGGACUAUCCUAAAUGCCAGUGGCUGUGAUUUUACUUAUGUAGACUGUCUUAAAAUUGCUUAGUGCGCAAAAAAGCAAUUGAAGCAUGCACCGGUUUUCAACAAUUACACAACGAGUGAAUGCAUUAAAAGGAAUUCAAAACGAAAGUGCCAAAAUUUUAUAAGUGGUAAUAUAGUUUUUUGCUUAAAUUCCUACAUAAACUAAGAACUACAAGACUUCGAAAGUGCCUUAAAUGAAGUGCGAAGAAAGCCAAUUGGCUGAUAAAAACAAAUAAAGAAACGACAAAAUAUGCUAAAAAUAUAUAUUUUUAACGAAA